GCCUGAUAAGUCAGGAAUGAUCGGCGGGACCUGAUGGGCGACGACGCAAUUACGAAACCUUCGUCUGUGAUGGCAAUGCAGACAACGUCGACAGCUUUCGUGUUCGUCAGCGUGGCGCUCAUCGGGGUGACGAGUGGCUUCUUCGAAAAUUGGGAAGGGCCGAGGCUUAUUCGGGAACCGCCGCAUCUGCUCAGGUUUUCCAACGAUUCGGGGGCAUUUUUGGAAUGUGCUGCGACUGGUCAUCCGAGUCCUACGGUCAGCUGGUACAGGAUGAACGACAAUUCCAAGGUCACCGACGUGCCUGGAGUGCUGAGGACGCACGUGAAUGGGUCGCUGGAGCUUUUGCCAUUUUCCGCGUCGAGUUUCCGGCCGGAUGUGCAUUCCACUACAUACCGCUGCGUGGCGCAAAAUUCCGUCGGGGCCGUGGCUGGUCGCGACGUCAAAGUUCGAGGAGAUGGGAAAUUUCACAUGUUGCCUUCGGGGGACCUGUUGGUGUUGGACGCGGGACCCGGCGAUGUUCUUUCCGAGUUCCACUGUCGCUUCGUCAACCGACUCACUGGGGAAACCUUCAUGUCAACCCGGCCCGGGAAAAUCGGAUUUAAAAGUUAG